CCGUCGAGCUUUGACAGCUCCCUCACGCUCCUUGUUUGUCACUGUAUUUCUACACAGCGAGAUCCAGCAUACAAGUCGAGCGCCCGGCCGCGACGACAUACCUUCGUCAACAGUACUUGCUGUCACCGUUCAGGACUUCCACAAUGAUCAAUUGGAACUCCUUGUGGUCGAUCGUGGUGCUGAGCUCAAUUGUCUGUGCUGACCCAUUCUGGGUCGUCCGUCAUGGCACUCUUGUAGAGAGUCGUUUGGACCCAAUCAUCGCUCCUGGCGUAGUAUCAGGUCAUACUCACGCCAUCGUCGGGACGGGAUCAUUUGACCCUAACUACUCGUAUGAGAAUUCGCGGAACAGCGACUGUACGACUGCCAAUGUCGAUGUCGAUUUUAGUAGUUACUGGGUACCUGCUCUCUACGCUCAAUGGCCCAAUGGUACUUUUACGAAGCAAAAGUUCAGAGGCGCCAACACGUACUACCAAGUCCGAAGAGGAACCAAUGAACCGAUCUACGAAUUCCCUCCUGGAUUUCGAAUGGUCGCUGGUGACCCUUACCGAACCACGUUCGACGCCAGUGUACUGGCUCAAGAUGCUGUCAGAUAUAAUUGUCUAGGUGUCACUGGACCAGAGACGAACAAGUUUCCUGCUCAAUAUUGUCCGGAUGGUCUACGUGCAGAAGUCUACUUUCCUCACUGCUGGGAUGGAGUGAACAAUUGGCUCGAUGGCAGUGCCCACGUAUCGUAUGGCGCGGAGGGCACCUUUGAUGGUGGUGGGAGAUGCCCAGACACCCACCCGAAGCGUAUUAUGGGACUCUUCUACGAGUUCUUGUUUGAUGAUGUCAAACCAGAGACCGGUGCCAAGCGAACCUUGGCGACUGGGGACCAGACUGGAUAUGGCUUCCACGGGGAUUUCACCAAUGGCUGGCCUACAGGCUUGUUCUCCAAGAUCUGGGCAGAGGGGGAGACAUGUAACGUCGGAUUCAGUUUGGAAAACUGUCCACCUCUCAAAGAAGUCAUGACGGAUAUUUCUGAUUGCAAAUACGAUGGGUUGAUCGUAGAUGAGGAAAUCGGGUACACACCGCUCGACGCGUUGCCCGGUAAUAACCCCGUAUUCGAUGCUGAGAACCCUCGACAACCGGAUCUCAAUUAUGUCGAAAAGGCACAAUUCGUCCGUGCCGUCAAUGGUAUGCCUGGUCCAGGUCCAGAAACACCACCGCCUGCGAUGGUUUCCCCGACCCAAGUCGAUUCUGGCGAUAGGUAGCACCGUCAGAGGCGAUACAGGCUACACUGGACCUACGUUCGUAUCUGGAGACGGGGCCACAGGAGGAAUCGGCGCAGGAUCUCCAGUUCCUUCUACGAUGUCAGGAUCGGUCAGCGCAACGUCCUUGACGAUGUCCGGCUCAAUGCCGACAUCAAUGUCAAGUGACACUCAGAGCUCUGAGUCUUACGCUCAGACCCACAGUCAUCAUCCCGGAGCCGAACCGUCCGCUCCUGCGUCCUCCUCCAACAUCGGUCACGUCCUAAUGCCCGUGUCCUCCACGUCUACGAAUCCUAUGGCUCAUUCUACUGGAAGAUGCAGCAGAAAGAAGAGAAGCAGGAGCAGAGUCUGAUUGCAGGCUCUUGCCCCUCAGAUAGGAGCUUGAUUGAUUCUCUCUUCUUUGUACCCCGUUUGGACUUUCUCCUCCUCAUUUGCUCCUGCUUGAUGCAUGGACAGUCUGCAAGCCAGAGAUGUGGAAGGAGCCCGCGUA